CAUGUUUGUACAAACUCUACCAUAUGUGACAGGCUCUGGGAAAACCAGACUAUUGGAGCAGAAUUUAGUAUUGAGCUACAGCUAAAUUUAUGCCAACAGUAUAAAAUCUCAAAUAAAAUGUUAUUGAUGUAUAAGUAUCUACAGUCCUUCUACUACCUCUCUGUAAAAUCUGAUGCUCUAAAUCCAACUCUUUCCAUCGAAACGCUUCGUCCAAAGUUUCGCUAUUACCUUAUUUUUCCUAAUUAAGCAAUCUUUGAGAGUCGUUUUUCUCGAUACUACAUUUUACGGCUUCGAGUUUCCAACGUGCAUGACUCGGGUAUGAAACUAGGUAUGUGAACACUAAGCAUAUCAUUGUGUAGGCAAUGCUCUGCUCUAUUAUUUGGUACAUUAAUCACACAUAUUUUAGUCUGCUCCAAUAGUCUGGUUUUCCCAGAGCCUGUCACAUAUUUAGAAUUACAGUUAUCUAUCAGUUUGCUAUAAAAACAUUGAAAGAAAACCAUACGCAGAAAUUGUAUAUAUGCACGUAAUAACUCUAACAAAGCUCUUUAUUUCUUAGAGUGAAAACAGUAAGUACUAUUACCUAUAGGCAUUACUCAAGAACCAGAAGAAUGAGCUGUGUAAAGCAGUUCCACUCAAGAGGAGCCCACCUAGUUCUGCUGUGGACCUGCAUGUUAUGUACUUCAAUAUGGCUAUUGUUUAGACUGUAUAGAGCUUUGUUUCAAGGGCUGAAGGACAUGGACACCUACUACCAACUGGGACUACUCCCUGUAGUACCAUUAUUCAUUUGUGCCCCUAUUCCUGGCUGGUUGGCAGACGCAAAGUUUGGAUAUUUCAAAGUGUUCAGGGCAGCUUGUUGUAUGCUUUUGAUUGCCUCAAUAGCAGGGUGCAUAAGUGUCUUACUCUUGGAAAGCUUUAAACAUGAGACUAAUACAUUAUCGCAUGUUCUGAGUGGAGGAGUUGCUCCAAUGGUGUAUGCUAUUGGGCUUAUUGGUGCUACAGCAGGCUUAAUGACAGCACUACAAGUAGGCUUGGAUCAGAUGCAAGAUGCUUCAGCUACUAACAUCACUAGUUUUAUAACCUGGUUCGUAUUCUCAAUAUUUGCUGGUUGUUGGCUAGCUGAUGUGCUGUACACCUGGCUGACUUCUUGCAACACUAACUGGACAAUACAAUUGUUUAGUCUGCUACCAACUAUUUGUACGUCACUUACUUGUUGCUCAAUAUUUCUUCUCCCUAACAAGUUUCUAGUUACUGAGCUACAAUUACCAAAUGCAUUCAAGAUUAUCUAUCAAGUUCUCAAGUUUGCAGUCAAAAAUAAAGCUCCAAUUAGCCGCAGUUCCCUCACAUACUGGGAGGAAGACGUGCCCUCUAGACUAGACCUGGGGAAGACAAACUAUGGUGGACCUUUCACUACAGAGCAAGUUGACGACGUCAAAACAUUCUUCAAAAUGUUGAUUCUUCUUCUACCUUUACUGAUCAUCUCCGUGGCAACAAGCUCUACACAGAGACUCUACAUGUAUAGCACAUUCAAUAUGAAUAACUGCACUUCACAACUCGUGUACAAUUUUAGUUACAGUCCUUGGCUGAGCGGAAUUAUUGCAACUAUAGCAUACGAAUUUGCUAUCUAUCCAUUGAUAAGGAACAGGUUACCAAGCACUCUCAAGCAGAUCGGAAUAAGCUCAUUUCUCAUCACACUUGGUACUGUUGUCUAUUUGAUUGCUACUAUAAUCACAUACUUUUUCUCUAACGAUACUACUAUCAUCAAGCCUUCACUACACAUUGCAUAUUGUGCUUUCUUUGGGAUUGCUGCAGUUUCCAUAGUAAAUUCAAUGCUCAAGUUUGUGUGUGCCCAAUCACCGUACAGGAUGCGUGGUAUCCUAACCGGUUCUACAAUACUCGUGUUCUUUAUUUCUAUAGCUCUCGGUGUUUUAUUGUUUACAGUAUUCUACUCUGUAUGUGACGUAGGGUAUUGCGAUUUGAUUCACACUUCAAUAUCAACUGCACUAAGUCUGAUUGGAUUGGUCCUGUACUGCCUCCUGUCUCGUUGGUACAAGUGGCGAGUUAGAGACGAGGACAACCUGACUAUACGUACGUACGUCCAUAGCAUAAACACUUAAAUGCUCUGUCUUUGUGAGUCUUCAGUGUAUACAAAUGUAGCUAUUAAUGUGUGGCAAGUCAUAAAAAACUCUAAAUUCACAGAUUUACAUAUACCACAUGCACAACCUAACCUUUAUACAUAACACUUUUCUUAUAAUUUUCAUAA